CGUCUGCCCAACUCAAACCUCCGCGUGCCAGUAUGCUCCGCGUGGUUCUGGCCCUGGCGCUCGGCGCCCUGGCCGUGGCGGCUCAGAGCACCCCGUGCCAGACGUACGUCGUCCAGGCCCAAGACACGAUUGGGUCCAUCGCAGCCAGCUUCAACAUCCUGCAGUCCGACCUGGAGUCUGCUCAGCUGGAGUGCAACAGUGGCUACACCCCCGGCGGCUUCCUGCAGCUGGCGCAGACGCUCUGCCUGCCGCCCUACUACCCCGCCUGCGCCAACGUCAAGACCGCGGGCGACAACGAGGCGUGCAAGUACUACACGGUGCAGGCGGGCGACACGCUGUCCACCAUCGCCGCCGCCCUCAACCUGCCGCAGCUGGAGGUGGAGGCGGCCAACCCGGAGGCCACCUCGCUGCAGGUCAACGACUUUGUGCGGCUGCCGGGCUGGUCUGACGUGUGCGCCGCGCCCGGCGACAACACCCAGUGCCGCGUGUAUGUGGCCGCCGAGGGCGACUCCCUGGCCUCCAUUGCCAUCGCCUUCUCCGUUGACGUGGCGGAGCUGCAGGAGGCAAACCCCAGCCUGCCCACCAUCGGCGACAACAACGCCGUGCUGCAGCCGGGGCAGCGCAUCAACAUCCCGCCCUUCACCGCCGCCUGCGGCGACGGCGUGGUGGUGUCCAAGCCCACCAACUGCUUUGGGUACCAGGUGGAGGCGGGGGAUGCGCUGUACGACAUCGCAACCAUGUUCCAGACCACCACCACGCUGCUGGUGGAGGCCAACCCGGAGCUGGCGGCGGGCGGCGUGCUGGCGCCCGGCUCCGUCAUCAAGCUGCCGCCCUACGACGAGGCCACCUGCGUGGGCGGCAUCUCCCUCAAGCCCCGCCCCGCCUCUUACAGCCCCUCUCUGGUGAUUGCCGGGGACGACGAUGCGGCGCCGACCGGCGCGCCCGCCCCCGCGGGCGCCGGCGCCCCCGCCCCCAGCCCCGCCUUCAGCCGCCGCCGCCUGAUCUGAGCAGCGCGUGCCAGCAGCCCGGCACGCCCUCUGCAGCGCAGUAGUGCAGCGGAGCGGGCCCCGCCCCUCGAUUCCUUCCCGUCUUUCUUCUCUUCCUACGACCGCCGCCACCAACCCACUCGCCGCCAUGCUGCCACAUGCAUGGCCCGCAGGCGCCCCGUUGCCACCCUGCAUGCCAAGCCCGCCCUCCCGCCCGCCCCUGCCAGUGUUUGUCCAUGAGUAGACUCGUCCAUUCCUUUCAUGUCCGUCGCAUGUGCCCUGCAUGGAUUCGCUUCACUGAGUUCUGCAUUGCAUUCUUUUAGCCGCGGCCCUGGCUGUACCAGCC